GUUUAUAAUUAUUUUCAGUCUUGAAGGUACUAUGACAGAUGGAUGGAUACUAACUUCUUCUCCCACUUGGAAAUUAUUUUCUAUUGUUCAUCCUGCUAACAUUGAAAUUUUCAAUUUUACCAUUGCGAAUGCUUUUGUUAAUGGAUCAUAUGAUCUCGACGGCUACGUCGGCAAGAAUCGUCUUUUUGAUAUUUAUGGCAAAGGCAAUUUCAUGAUUGAAUUGAACAACUUAUCGGUAGCAGUUGUUUCCAGUUUGAGUUUGAAUAGUUCUCGCUUAUGUUUUCCAAUGAUGGUUAAAGUUUUUGUGGAGGACUGCGAGAGCCAUUUUGAAAAUUUUAUGAAUGGAGACGUCGAUUUGGACCCAUUAUUAAAUGGAGUUAUACAGGAAAUAAUACCCGACGCUAUCCGCAUUAUUUUUAGGGAACAGGUAGACGUUGCAGAUCCGUAUAUCCAGUCUAUCAUUAACGAAAUAUUUGAUGGCAAGACAAUUUCUGACCUUUUAAUAAACAGGGGUGAUUAUCUGAAUCUGGUAAUUAAGUAGCUUUAGCUACAACUCACUUUUAGCUCCGAGAUGCUUACAUAUAUGACGAAUAUCUGUUUUAAAUAUAUAUUUCACCACUAAUUUCGUGAAGUAGUGAUUUAAAGUUGAAUAAAAUGUUGUCUCACAUUAA